AUGUACGAAGAAGCGACCGUGACGACGCUCGCGUCGACGCCGACGAAGCGCCGAACGACGGUCAAGACGUCCAGCGGGUCCACCCUCGUCGUCCCCGCGCGCGAUCUCUUCCCCGCGAACCCUCCCAUCCUCGAAGCCGCGGACGACCUCACGAAGCUGUCGUACCUGAACGAGCCGUCGAUUCUUCACGACUUGCGUCUCCGGUACGCGUCCGACGACGUGUACACGCGAGCGGGUCCGGUGCUCAUCGCGGUGAACCCGUUCAAAAGGCUGCACGGGACGUUAUACGGCCCGGACGUCAUGCGAGCGCACGGACACGGCGCGAGCGGCGCGAGCGGCGCGGCGGCGACGCCGCCGCACGUGUACGCGACGGCGGCGGCGGCGUAUCGCGACAUGAUGGCGUCGAAAAAAAACCAAGCCGUCGUCGUCAGCGGCGAGUCCGGCGCGGGGAAGACGGAGACGACGAAGAUCGCGAUGAGGUACCUCGCGAGCGUCGGGGGAGGCGACGGCGGCGGGAUCGAGCGGAGGGUGUUACAGACGAACCCAAUCUUGGAGGCGUUCGGGAACGCGAAGACGCUGAGGAACGACAACUCGUCGCGUUUCGGGAAGCUGAUCGACAUCGCGUUCGACGGCGCCGGGAAGAUUAAAGGCGCGAGCGUGCGGACAUACCUGCUCGAGAAGUCGAGGGUGACGCACCAGGCUGAGGGCGAGCGCGGGUACCACGUGUUUUAUCAGCUCUGCGCGGGCGCGAGCGCGGCGGAGCGCGAGGCGUGGGGGGUCCCGGAGGCGCCCGGGUUUUUUUCUUACCUCUCGAGCUCAUCCGUCGUCGCCGUCGCUGGCGUGGACGACGCGAAGGCGUACCUCGAGACGAAGAGAGCGCUCGCGGAGGUUGGUGCGAGCGAGGACGAGAUCUCUGAGAUCUUCAAGACCGUCGCCGCGGUCCUGUGGCUCGGGAACGUCCACUUCGACGAGGACGCGACCCGCGCGGACGGCGCCGCCGCCGCCGCGGUGACCGCCGCGGGCGCGCCCGCGCUCGCGACGGCGGCGAAGCUCUUGGGCGUCGACGCGAACCUUCUCGAGCGCGCGCUGACGACGCGCAAGAUCCACGCCGGCGGGGAGAGCAUCGUGAGCGUCUUGAACGCCGCGAGCGCGUGCGAAGGGCGCGACGCGCUCGCGAAGGCGAUCUUCGCCGCGCUGUUUGAUUCCAUCGUCGCGAGCGUCAACGAGGCGUUGGGUUCGAGCGGCGGCGAUAGAGGCGGCGGGCGCGCGGCGGCGACGAGCGUGUCCAUUCUCGACAUCUACGGCUUCGAGUACUUCCAGAAGAACUCGUUCGAGCAGCUGUGCAUCAACUACGCGAACGAGCGCUUGCAGCAGCAGUUCAACAAGCACAUGUUUAAGCUCGAGCAGGAGGAGUACGAGCGCGAGGGCAUCGACUGGACGAAGGUUGACUUUGAGGACAAUCAGGCGUGCGUCGACGUCAUCGAGCGCCGACCGAUGGGCAUCUUGAGCCUCCUGGACGAGCAGUGCGCGUUCCCGAAAGCGACGGACGACACGUUCGCGCAAAAGAUGGCCACGGAGCUGAGCUCCGACGCGAAGUACGCGAGAGACAAGAGGAACGAGCGCGUGUUCAAGGUGUCGCACUACGCCGGCGAAGUGUCCUACGACGUGGACGGGUUCCUCGAUAAAAACCGCGACGCGAUUCACCCGGACCUGAUGUCCGCGCUGAUGGCAUCGAGCGAGGAUUUCGUGUGCACGCUCGCGGAGCUGAUGACGAGCGCGAAGGCGGCGGAAACGGACCGCGCGGGGGGGUUACGCGCGGCGAGGGCGAAAGGCGGCGCGGGGAAAGAAUCCGUCGGCGCUCGGUUCAAGACGCAGCUCUCCGCGCUCGUCGCGAAACUCGACGCGUGCGCGCCGCACUUCAUCCGGUGCGUGAAGCCGAACAGCGCGCUCGCGCCGUCGCGAUUCGACGACGCGCUCGUGCUGAAUCAGCUGCGGUGCUGCGGCGUCUUAGACGUUGUUCGCAUCGCGCGGCAAGGCUACCCGACGCGGUACGCGCAGCGCGACUUCGCGGAACGGUUUGGGUUUCUCCUCCCGAGCGCGGCGAGGGCGCCGUUUGGCGACGCCGCGACCGACAUCGUGCCUUUCUGCCACGCGAUUCUCCAACACUUUGACGUGAAGGAUGCGUCGUACCAGUUCGGUAAGACGAAGCUGUUCCUGCGCGCGGGGCAGAUUGGAAUGAUGGAGGACCAACGCGCGCGGAAGCUGUCGUCCGUCGUGAUCAUGCAGAGCGCGCGUCGCGGCUGCGUCGCGCGCGCAGCGUUUCUUCACGCGAAAGCGUCCAUCACGCGAACGCAAGCGCGCGCGCGAGGGAACGCCGCGCGCGUGCGUUACGCUCGAGCGUUACGCGAGCACCGCGCCGCGAUGGUCAUACAGGCGAUGACGCGAGGGCGCGCGGCGCGACGCGCGUGCGCGGCUGAACGCGCCGCGAUCGUGACGGUGCAGAUGGCUGUCCGGCAACGCGCGCGCGUCGCCGCGGCGAAAGCCGCGGCGGACGCGGAGACCGCGCGGCUCGAAGCCGAAGCGCGCGUCGCCGGGCUCGCGACCGAGGAAGACGUCCGCGCCGCGGUCGAGGCCGCGGCCGCGGCCGCGACCGCGACCUCGAAGGCGAACGAGCGAUCGUUGCUCGAAGAGAACGAGCGCCUGAAGAGCGAGCUGCGCGCGCAGACGCGCGUCGCGGGCGAGUACCGCGACCGUCUGUUCGCCGCGGAGAGCGAGUGGAGCGAGGAGAUGGCCGCGCUGCAGUCCGCGCUGUGCGCCGUCCGCGGCGCGUUGGACGGCGGCGAGCCGCCGUCGCCGCUGCUCACGGCGGCGGUCGCCGCGGCGGCCGCGCGCGGAGACGCCGCGCCCGGCGGAAACGCCGCCGCGACGCGUCGUCGCGCCGACCCCGUCGCGAAGGCGGGCGCGGAGCACGUCGGGGUGUUACAGAAAGAGUUCGACACGCGCACGCGCGUGUUCGAGGACGACGCGGACUUCAUCGUCGAAGUCAAAGAAGGCGUCUCGGACGCGGACCUCGAUCCGGAUUUCGAGCUCAAGUCUCUCGGCGCGCGGUUCGAGAAUUGGAAAAAAGAUUUCAAGGACCGCCUCAAGGAGACCCGGGCGAUGCUGAAGAAGCUCGAGCGGUUCGACGACUUUGGGGACGACGCGCACGGCCACGGCGACGGUGACGUCAACACCGGCGCCAACGCGCCGCGCGCGGGUCCGGCGCCGAACGACGAGAACGCCGGGUUCGAGUUCGUGCCGUGGGAGGUGGCUCGAAAGCAGACGGGAAAACGCGCGGCGGGCGCGGGCGACGCCGCGGGCGCCGGCGCGGGCGCGGAGAAGAAGCGAGGCUGGGGGUUCAAGCGCGCACUCGGGCUGAAGAAGCGCUGA